CUCCGCUCACAGACAUCCCGGACCAGGUGAUCCGAGUGUUCAAGGCCGACCAGCAGAGCUGCUACAUCAUCAUCAGUAAGGACACUACAGCCAAGGACGUGGUCGCCCACACCGUCAACGAGUUCGGCCUCAUCGCGGCGCCUGAGACCUACUCUCUGUGCGAGGUGUCCGUCAGCCCGGAGGGAGUCAUCAAACAGCGCCGCCUCCCCGACCAGCUCUCCAAACUGGCAGACCGGAUCCAGCUCAACGGCAGGUACUACCUGAAGAAUAACAUGGAGACAGAGACGUUAUGUUCAGACGAUGACGCCCAGGAUCUCCUCAGAGAGAGCCAGAUCUCUCUGCUGCAGCUCAGCACCAUGGAGGUCGCCGCCCAGCUCUCCAUGAGAGACUUUGAGCUCUUCAGGAACAUCGAGUCCACCGAGUACGUGGACGACCUGUUUAAACUGGACCCGUCUACAGGAAGUGGAAACCUGAAACAGUUUGAGGAGGUGAUCAACCAGGAGACCUUCUGGGUGGCUACAGAGAUCCUGAAGGAGCCCAACGCAAUGAAGAGGAUGAAGACCAUCAAACACUUCAUCAAGAUCGCUCUGCACUGCAGAGAGUGCAAGAACUUCAACUCCAUGUUCGCUAUCAUCAGCGGUCUGAACUUGGCACCGGUGGCUCGGCUGCGGAGCUCCUGGGAGAAGCUUCCCAGCAAGUAUGAGAAGCUGUUCGGGGACCUGCAGGACGUCUUCGACCCGUCCAGGAACAUGUCAAAGUACCGCAACAUCCUGAGCAGCCAGAGCAUGCAGCCGCCCAUCAUCCCGCUGUUCCCCGUGGUCAAGAAGGACCUCACCUUCUUACAUGAAGGCAAUGACUCCAGCGUGGACGGUCUCGUAAACUUUGAGAAGCUGAGGAUGAUCGCCAAAGAGAUCAGACACGUGGUGCGUCUGACGUCGGCUAACAUGGACCCUGCGCUCAUGUUCAGACAGAGGUCUCUGAGUCAGGGCAGCACAAACUCCAACAUGCUGGACGUGCAGGGCGGGGCUCAUAAGAAGAGGGUGCGCCGCAGCUCUCUGCUCAACGCCAAGAAGCUGUACGAGGACGCUCAGAUGGCCCGGAAGGUGAAGCAGUACCUGUCCAACCUGACGGUGGAGACGGACGAGGAGAAGCACCAGAUCAUGUCUGUGCAGUGUGAGCCGUCCUACAGCACCUUAUCAAAGAACUUGAGUGAGAGACGAUCCACAAAGUCGGACAUGUCUCCGGUGUCUCUGCGGUCGGCUCUGCCCUCGGGGAAAGCACAGAACAGGGUGUCUCAGGUCCUCCAGGUCCAGGUCCCGCUGAACCCGCUACGGAAGAAGAGCACGGCCAAAGACAUCGGCACUUCAAACUCCAACUCUCCCCAGGUGGUGAAGAAACCUCCGGUGAACCCGUCAGAGGAAUGGAGCGCCAAGAGACCGUCUGACGACACCGUCUCCACCAUCUCCUCCCUUCACUCCAGCCCCACGGUGUCGCCACAGGGCUCCCCACGCAAAGUGGGAGGAGUGGCCAAAUCUCACAACUCCAGCCAGAUGAACUUGUCGGGAUCCUCGUCGUCUCUAACCAGCGACGUCAGCACAAAGGCCGGCACCGUCAGCCUGCGCAGCUACGGCAUAGGUUACACCCUCCUGCCUGCGGGUAAAGCAGACAACCUGUCAGACUCCAGUCACAGUGAGAUCUCCUCCCGCUCCAGUAUCUGUUCGGUGGACUCCGUGCCGGCUCCGGGACUCGAGGACCGGUGUAGCAGCAGGACCGCAGCGACGAGUAACGCCGCAGCUACGACCACAACGGCCGCCGCCAUCCUGGAGAGCACGGCAGCAACGCAUUUAAACGUGGAGUACAGCCAGCCCAGCACAAGUAGUUCCUCGUCCUUGGCUCGAGGAUAUGUGAGCCGAGCCUCCACCUUCACCUCCUCCACCUCCACCGAGGAGCUGACCCCGGACCACACCUCUCUGGACUCUGUAGCCGACAGCGGCCGAGGCAGCUGGACCUCCUGCUCCUCCAACUCCCACGACUCCUUCCAGAGCCUCCCCGCCUCCUCCUGCCGGCCCUGGGACCACGGCAUCCACGGACACCCUCUCUCCCUCCCGCACACGCACCUGGGCGGCUUCAAGCACACUCAGCUGGCCGGGCCCAUCGCGGAGGUGGACUCCUCUGCUGCGGCCGCUCCCUCCUGGGCUCAAGAGGACUCUUCUUCUGUCAAGCAUCACUCCAGAGACUCCAGCUCGGAUCUGUCCAAUCAGUCGCGGCAGAGCUGGGCGUCGUCCAGCUCGCUGUCGGACACCUACGAGGGGAAUUAUGGGACGAUAAAGCGGCGAAACACCUCGGAGAACACUUCCUCGCCCACCAACGAGGAAGGAGGGCAAAGCACAGAUCCGGUCUACAAAACGGUGACGUCAAGCACAGAGAAGGGCCUGAUAGUGUACUGUAUCACUUCCCCUGCCAAGGAUGAGCGUUACCGAGCUCCCCCUCCCACCCCUCCAGGCUACCAGGGUCUGGCUCUGGGGGAUCUGGGCCUCACAGACGGAGUAGUAGGAGGACCUGGAGGUCUCCCCAGGCCUCCUCACCUCAGACCUCCAGACUACAGCGUGGCGCUGCAGAGGAGCAAACUCCUGCAGAGCCCCGGAGCGGCGGGGAGUCUGGCCGAGGCUCGGAGGCUGGCUGCUAACCAGGGCCUCUCUAGACCACCCAGCAUCUGCCUCCCGACUCAGGAGCUGGCUGACAGCGAGGAGGAUGAACAAGUGUCUGCAGUUUAAACACGCUGAGUUCACACCCGGACCAACAGCUGAUGAUGAGCAGGCUCCGGACUGAGCAGCACGCCUGUCUUCAUCACGUAUCAGAGCACACUUCACAAACGGACCAUGAUGCACCUGUGUCUGUGACCCCGAGGAGGAGGAGGAGAGUCAGUUUGACCUCACUGCUCCUCCCAGGACUCGUACAAUCAUCUCUUUUUAAACCCAAACAGAGAACGAUGUGAGACUCUUUUUAACGACUCAGAGAAAGAUGGCCGACAGACUCAACAGAAGGAGGAGCGACCUUAAGAAGUCGCCCUCCUCAGAAACAGACCGUUACCUCCAUUUUUGCGCUCUAAGCUCUCGCGUCUGAGUCCGAUCUGCAGUUUUCCUUUCCCAGCUUCAGGAAGUUUUACAGAUCUUCUUUUCUUUGCAUCUCUGAGCUCCUGAUGUGUUUCUGUGAGGACCGAGAGGACGAGCGGACAAAGGGAUCUGAAGCAGGACUCGCUCUUUAUGUUUCAUGACAAACAUUCACACGUGUGGAUUUAUUUUAAAUUUAAUUCAGCUGAUUUUUCUCAAAGGAAGAGAAUCGUUGACGAAUAAGAGAGAGGAAGCAGAUUUGAAUAUUUCAGGGUUUGUUAUCGGCCCUCGCACUGAUCAUGUAAACAACACGAAUCAAACCACGACCACGCCGCAGGAAAAACAACUUCAGCUCCUCCAUCAGGCUGAAUAUUCACAGAGGAAGCUCCUCCACGUGUUUCACUCCUGAUCCUAAAUUUAACUCUUUAAGCGCCAGAGCACACGUCUGUUUGUGUUCACGAGUAGGGAUGUAAGGAUACACUCAACACACAAUUUCAUUCCCUCAAGAUUCUUCAAGAAAACUCAAAAUGUAAAGAACUUUUAUUUUAAUUCAAUCCUCAGAUACGGACAGUUGCAGUAUAUAUUUGUUCUCUUAUAUUUCUUUGUAAACAAAGUCAUCCUUCUUCAUUUUUAAGGUGUGUUGGAACUCAAAUUAAACCUCUGCACACUUUUUUUCAGCAACUAAAAUCACCGUACAAAAAUAUCUUGUUGGAGAACUUCAGAACAAUUCUAGAGAAAUGGAAAGUGAACGAUUCCCAAAUGAAAGAGUUAAAUAUUAAAACAAAUGAGGUCAAUCUCUUUAAAUUAGGGAUGCACAUUUCAAGUAUUUUCCAUGAUCGAUCUUUGGAAAUGUUAACGAUCAUCAUCACGGGGGGAGCAGUCCAAGCAAAUUGACCCAGACCUCCCUCUCCCCUGCAACACUUUCCACCUCCUCCUGGGGAAUCCUGAGGCGAUCCCAGACCAGUUCAAUUCAAAAAACUUUAUUUGUCCCUGCAACUUAAGGCAAGUAUGAGCUGCAUUGAAUACAAAAAACAGACACUUAAAUUAUAAUAAUAAUAAUAAUAAUGCAUUUUAUUUAUAGGCGCCUUUCUUGGCACUCAAGGUCACCUUACAACAUUAAAAACAAACAGAGUUUAAAUAACAAACAGGAAAUAAAACACAGUUUAAAAAGUCUUAAGUGAAUGGACAGAGGAGCUGUGGUCAGAUGGAGUGAGCCAGUUUAAACAGAUGAGUUUUGAGCUGGGGAGCAGAUCGACUGAAGGCUCUGCUCCCCAUGGUGACAAGGUGAGCAGGGGGGGACAGUGAGGUGGAUGGAGGAGGGGGAUCUAAGGGUGCGGACGGGUGUACUGUAAAAAAGAGAGAAAAUAGUUCUACAAAAAAACAACAAAGACCAGGAGGGUGAUAUAAUCCCUCCACCGCGUUCUGGGUCCAACCCGGGGGCCUUCUCCCAGUUGGACAUACCUGGAACACCUCUAAAGGGAGGCGUCCUCAUCAGAUGCCUGAACCACCUCAGCUGACUCCUUUCAACAUGGAGGAGCAGCAGCUCUACUCCAAGCUCCCUCUGGAUGCUCCUCGCUUGUAUCCAUAAGACAAGCUGCUGAAAUGAGUUUUGAGCGAUUGAUUGUGAACAAUCAUUAUAGUUGAAUCAGUAAAAACAUGUGAACGUUUUCCAUGUUAAAAAUAAUGCCUUAUGGGUUAUUUCCCCCUAAAUCAGAUGUUCCCUUCUGACACAGUGAAUAUUACUGACUGUAUUAAAGCUAAAUCACUAUUAGAGCAGGCUGAUAAAUAACCUCUGUGGACACAUGGUCAUAGAGUGAAGACUCAGACUACAACAUGUGGAUCUACUGCAACAGGACGACUGAACAGGAUCAGAUUCUGGACUCACAGGGUCCAGUUUUCUCGUUCUUACUGAGAGAAAUAAACAUUUAAACGUGGUCAGGUGUCAGCCGGGAGCGCAACCGGGUCAGAAUCAGUCCGGCGGUCUGGCGGAGAAAGAAAGCGCUCGUGGAGACCUGUCACUCAGCUGAGCGUCUCCACUGUGAGCAACACCUUCAGUCAGCUGAUUCUGAAACAUGCUUUAAACUUCAAACACCUCCACUCAGCGAGGGAGGAGAGAGCAGAGCAAGAGACUUCAUGAUGUUGAACAAGCAGAGUAUAAUGCAGAUAGCGCCCUCUACUGGUUAAAAAUAAUAUUCAGUUACAUGUAGCGUAUUGUCAGAUAUUAAGAUAUGAAAAUAUUUUAAAUUGUAUCUAAUGACCUUGAUAAUUAGAUUUGAUUACAUUUAAUAAUUUGGAUCAGUCUCUGUUAUUAUAUCUAAAAUCAUCUGACAUCAUCUGAAAUCAUUUAUGAGUUCUUCACAGCUAAAAGAAACUUUUGGGGAAAUUAAAUGUGACACCUUUAUCGUCCCUGGUCCCAUUUGGUGAAGGAGGCAUGACAUUCCACACAUCUGGGGUCAAAAAGUGGGUCUGGACAGAGAGCAUCGUCCAGAGCAUGAGAACCGCCCCACCUCAGGUCGGUAUAGGGAGAUUACCUUGCAGUUAAUUACCAUACUAAGUGGUUGAACUGUCACUUUAAUGGCUUCAAGUCCAUCUCGGGGUUAUCAUGUUGUUUACCCCAAGUGGUCAGUUCCCUGUCUGUGUUCCUUAUCUGACCAUGUCCCGGGUCAUUCAAGGAAGAGGUGCUCCUCUCCUCCUGUCCUUCUGCUACAUACAAAUCAUGUUGAAUUGAUUUUAAUCCACACGUAUUUGUAUUGAUUUUUCACCGUCUUGAGAUAUAUCCUUACAUCCCUACUCUGUGUCCCGCUCUCCGCCCCCUCCGCCGCCCCGGCCGCCUCUCUUAUUGCUCGUUCAGUCUGACUCGAGGUACUUUAGCGGCAUGCUGCCUCCUGGAUGUUCUAUAAAAAACUGUAUUAUAACUUCUUUUUAAUGAGCUGAAGAACAAACGCCUCGCUGCUUCCUGUAGAGCCGAACGUGGUUAUUGCAGCAGCCAUCAUAAAAGGAUGAAUUAGCACACACACACACACUUACACACACACACUUACACACACAGAAUAAAUGACAGUGUUUACAGGUUUUGUUUACAGUGUUUAUUAGAGCAGUUGUUUAUUGAUUUAGGAGCUGAGAUGUGGACGCGUGACGCUCCAGCUUUAUUUGACCUUGUAAAUUUGUUCAUACCGCCGCAGGAAUGUGAGACUUUAACUCCAUGCUCACGCUGAACCUCUCACAUCCCUGUCUUUUGCUUCUUAUUUAAAAGAAGGAGAGUUCAGGUUCUGUAUUCACGCCUGGCUUGCGUCUCCUUUUUGUGGAAUAUUUAAAGGAUUAGCUUGAAACGUGUUCAUCUGUCAGGUUUGUACAUUCUGAGUCACGCUUUGGGAACGUCUCUGCAGAGCUGCAGCGUGUAACUGGAACCUCCUCCUGUCCUCCUCCUCCUCCUCCUCCUCCUCCUCCUCCUCGUCCGUCUCGCUCUCUGUGACGCUUCUUUUUGAUGUUCCCGCCACACAAAGACUUGAAAUGAUCGAUGCUAAUAUAUACACGGCAUAUAUAUGAAUUUAUACAUCUAUUUUUGUUGUUGUUUCUUUGCCAUAACUUAAGAUGAUCAUGUAUAGAUGAGAACAGAGAGUCCUCUAUAAAAAGGCUAUUUUUGAAUAUUUUGUUAUAAGAAAUAAUCCAAGGUUGUGAUCGCCCCACGUCCGUCUUCGGGCCGGAGUCUUUUAAGGAACUUCUUCUUCUUCUCUGGUUUUCUUUGAGUCUUGUUUUCUCUCCUCACACUCUCUGUUGUUGGUGCCAUUUCUGCUCCGUCUAUAACUGUAACUGCUGCUGUGUGUUGGGAUGACUGCGUGUGUGUGUGUGUGUGUGUGUUGUGGUGUUAGAAUCAUCAUAGCGUUUUCUUUUAAAGGUGACAUAUCAUGCAAAAUCAACUUUUUAAUGGUUCUCUUCCUGAAAUAUGUGUCCCUGUCUACAAACCCCCUGAGAAUGUAAAAGACUCCAUUCUGCCCCUGUUCUGAUUUCUCCACCUUUCUGUAAAUGUGUGCUGAAACCAGCCGUUUCAGUUUUCAGUGUUUUUCAUACGUCACAACGCCAUCCGGUCUGUAACAGGAAGUCAGAGCUCGGAGCUUGUUCAGCCCAUAGACUGUAUAAAAUACAACUCAACCCCUCCUCUGUUUUUCAUUCCCUGCACACAUGUGUGCUAACAAGGAGCUUAGGAGGGAGGCAUGCUAGUUGUAGGCUGUCUUAAUAAACACAAAGGUCGCUUUGACUCCCCACGUCUGCAGAUUUGAAGAUCUAGUGGAUGAUUUUUAUUUUCCAUGGAAAAGUGCUAGUGCUAGUUAGCAUAGCCACAUAGCUACAUACUGACAAAUAAAACAACAAGAAACACUAAAUCUGUGACCAAUGGUUCAGAAAGGUCCUGCUGCAGGCGCCUCUCCGUCAGGAUCAGAUUCUGGAUCAGAUUCAGAGGGUUGAAGUAACGCGGGUCUGUGAGCAGCCAACAUGUAAACAUUAGAUCAACGUGCCGGACAGCCGAGGCCACACCCACUUCCUGAGGGGGCGUGGUCAGAGAGCUUAUUCUCAUUUAAAGGCACAGACACAGAAAACAGCCUGUUCUGAGCAGGGCUGAAAAAGAGGGGUUUACAGGCAGACCAGAAUCUGAUUUCAAAGUGUUUUUAUGAGCAUAAACUUUAAAGACAUGUUUUGAGGACCUCUUAGACCAAUAUAUGUUGAUGAAAAAGAGCGUAAUAUGUCACCUUUAAACCAGUUCUGAUCUGCUCGUACUGAGAGGCUCACAGUCACUCUGCAGUGAGCGCUCUCCUCAGUUUGCAGCUUGGGUCGCUCCUGCAGAUCGUCUGAGCGCUCGCGUCUCUUCGUUCUGUUCCACGAGGCGCUUUUAUUCAGAUCGAGAGAACUUCUUGAAGCUCUUAUAUCUCAGUCUGUUUGAUCGAUGACGCCUGAACUCAGCAGGACUUUGUUCCUCCUCUCAUGGACUCACUUCGUCCACUGUGACUCUCUCUCUCCCCGCCCCUCUCUCUUUGACUUUUCAAAAACAAAAGUAGAAAUGUUGAUACAGACUGAAUCAGGAAUUCACAACUCCUCUUUUUUUUUGCACAACUGUACUCCUCAGAAUCUGAAACCACCUGUCAGUAUUAGUUUCCUGCAUGGAUGAUGCAUAAAGAAGCCGGCCUGUGGAGCGUGCAUGGCGCAGAUUUUAAGUCUGAGCUUUUUAUUCCCUGACACCGCCUCAGAGCUUCCCCUCCUGCACAUUCAUCCUGUUUCCACGUUUCCAAAUGAAGGAAACAGAAUUUAUUUCCUCUCGUCCUCUCGUCACUAAAACAUUCUUCUUCUUUAACUUUCAUUAAGCAGCGUCCUCCUCCUCCUCGGCUGCAGGUUUCAUGGAGGAUCUGUCAGUGAGCAGCUCAUCAGUGUUUAACACCUUCGAUCUCACCUCUCGUCUUUUUAUCUCCCCUCCUCCUCCUCCCUCCGUGUCCGGCCGUGUUACCUGGAAUGCAAUAAGAGAGAUGUGAAUGUGUUUUAUGUCGACAUCUUUUGGCAUUACAGCAGAAAUGCACAACAAUAAGCUUGGAUGUGUUGAGUGUGCUGCACAAUCUGUACAGAGGUGUUAUUAUUAUUAUUAUUAUUAUUGACUUGGUCUGUGGCUUCGAGUUUGCUUCACACUUCUCAUAGCUGUCGUAACUUAUGUCUUUUAGAAAGACAACAUGGUUUCUGCUCGUACGCUUUUUAUGUAUUUUUUACGAGUGACUGUAAAUAGUUGUUAUAUUUUUGUUUAAGAGAAUGUUUAAAAAGGAAAAAAAGACCUUUUAUUUCUCCAAGUCUACUGAUAUGAAUUUGGACGAUGAAUAAAAUGUAAAGCAGAAAA